AUGGGCUUCACCCUACCGACUGCCACUGAGAAUCCCCGCGAUAGGGCAAGCGCUCUGAUAUCCAAGAAAGAAGAUAUAGAAUCAGAAAUCAAAUCCCAACUUGCCAUCCUCCAAGCCAACGACUCUACCAUACAGUCGCCGCUUGUCGAUGCGGAUGGUUUUCCUCGCGCAGACAUUGAUGUGUGGGCCGUGCGCACCGCGAGGGUGCGCAUCAUCGAGCUUAGGAACGACCUCAAAGAUGUCACGAAUGAGAUAGGGAAGGUUCUGGAAACAGUCUACUCUCCGAGCGCUGGCGCCGGGCAGGAUAACGCCAACGUUGAAUCUCCCACUAAGAUCGACGUUCCAGAGCCAUUCGCACGAGUUGAUGGUGUAGCUCCUGGUAGCCCAGCUGCAGAAUCGGGUAUGCAACGGGAGGACCUCAUCACAAAAUUCGGUACAUUGACCAAGGCAUCGUUCUCCUCCUCUUCACUCCAGCCACUGGCUGAGCUGGUCAAUGGGAGCGAAAAUCGUGUCAUUCAGAUCCGCGUGCUCCGAACGGGGCAGACAAUCGUCCUCAGUUUGACACCAAGGCAAGGAUGGGGAGGUCGGGGUAUGCUUGGAUGCCAUAUCGUCCCAUACGCCAAGGCUUCAUCUUCAUAG